AUGACUGAGAAGAAACAGAUCGUCUUCUAUACGGCCUUUUCUCCCAAUGGACACAAAAUCGCCAUCACGCUCGAGGAACUCGGGCUCGACUACGAUGUGGUCCACGUGAACCUUCCGGCCAUCCAACACAAGGAGCCUUGGUUCCUAGAAAUCAAUCCCAACGGUCGUAUCCCGGCCUUGACCGACACGUUGGAAGACGGUACACCGAUCAGCCUCUUCGAGUCAGGCAGCAUCCAACAGUACCUGGUGGACCGGUACGACAAGGACCACAAGAUUUCCUACCCACCAGGGACGAAGGAGUUUUAUCAGACCAAUAACUGGCUUUUCUUCCAGAACGCGGGGAUCGGUCCAAUGCAGGGUCAGGCCAACCAUUUCUUGCGAUACAAUCUGUCGGAUCUGCCUGAGCAGUAUUCCAAGGACCGAUACACCAAUGAAACUCGUCGAUUGUAUCGCACGCUCGACAAGCAUUUCCAAGACUCAAAAUCCCGAUUUUUGGUUGGGGACAAGCCCACCAUUGCCGACAUCGCCAUCUCGUCCUGGGCCAAUGUUCUUGGGUUCGCUGGCGUGGAGAUCGACGAGUUUCCGCAUGUCAAAGAGUGGCAGCAGCGUAUGGUUCAGCGACCAGCCGUGCAGAGGGGAUACAACUCGCCAAAAAAGGUCGACCUGGACUCGUUAUCCAAGGACAAGCAAGCUUUCAAUACCUAUCUGAAAACGAAUGAGGCUUGGAUUAGACAUGGUAUGGAGGCCGAUGCGAAUAAGGCACAUAUAUCCAACGGCCAUAUGUAG